UCACACACGAACGACGGCUGGCUUGCUUCGAUGUCUGAUGCUCCCAUCACCCAUCAAAGCAGCAGCUUUUUUAUGCUGUGCCAACACAAGCCAAACGAGUAGUGCAAGCAGUGUGCGAGAGAGUGAAAGAACUUCACAGCCAUCCCUAAAUCCAAUCCCAGCCACCAACAUCAGAGAAAGGGGGAAAGUGUCGCGCAAACCCACUCAUCAAAAAAAGGGAAGCGAAGCGGCCGCGAACGGCCCGAUUUUUUUGACAGACCAUUUUCCGUGUUUGUAAACAGUUUGAAAAUCGAUCUAUCGCCUCAUUCCGGGACAAGAUAGGCAGACUUCCGGCUCGUCGCAGGGGAAGAAUUUCACGCGUGAAGCAUUUUGUGUGUGUCGCAAGAAGUUUCUGCUGCUGCAGUGCAGUAGGCCAGUCAAUUGAAUUUUUAGCGCUGUGCGGACGGUGGUGGAAGGUGGAGGGAAGCGUAGUAGGCAUCGACUCGAAUGUUGCUCUGGGAAAAAUAGUGAACGCAGCUCACUUAGAUGUGAAGUUUUUUUUUUCGUGUGUUUCUUGUCUUGAGGAGUUGGCUCUUGGCUUCGCUUUCUCGAGACGGCCAACAAAGUGAGCAUAGGCGAUUUGGAUUUAGUGGAAGGAGAACCUUGAGAGCCUCGCGUUUUUUUUUGUGUGUUCCUUCAUACACCUCUUCUUCGUUGUUGUCAUACUUCGAGACAGACAAUAAUUUGGUGCUUUGCGUGCCACGAACCGAGACUUACGCGGCUCGUGAAAGGGCAUCGACCGAAAGACCCAGGGAACAAUCCGCGACCGCGGCACUGAAUGGGUUGAUGAGGACCGCAGCCGUACCUGGGAACUAGAAGGAGCUUACAGGGCCUUAACAGAAGAUACCGGGAAACGGGAAUCGUCGGAGCAGUCCGGAACCGGAGGAGGAGGAAGAUGGAACAACUGCAGAUCCAGGCGACGGAGUUGCCGUUCUGUCGGCUCUGUUUCACGCAGGGCGUUGCGCUGUACGAGAUCUUCCCGGGAGCCGCCAAUGAAAACGAAUCUCUGCUCAUCAAGAUUAUGGACUGCGUUACCGUGGCUAUAACGUUCGAUGAUGACUACAACUCAUACAUCUGCGGCAAGUGCGUCACCACCAUCGAAGAAUUCUACGAAUACAAGGAAAAGUGCAAGGAAAACGAUGCGCUCCUGCGCGAGAAGCGGAAAUCCGUCGACCAAACCGCAAUCUACAACGUGGUCAACAUGCAACCGGAGGAGGAGGUCGUCAAUGCCAACGGCAGCAAUGGCACCGUCCAGGAGCUGGCCCUCGACGACCAGCAGAUCGAUCUCGAACAUCGCAUCAGUAUAGAGGGCGGAGCGCCACUCAACGGCAACAUCAUCGAGUUCAAGAAGCAGCUGUUCACCGCUUCGCCGGAACAGCUCGGUAUUUGGAUUUGCGUCGCUUCCGGCAGCGAUAUCCAGUGUCCUGCGAUGAUCCAGGUCGACGAAAACGUUCAGGUCGUCGCAGAAAUCGGACAACACAACCACGGACUUCCAGUAUCGGUAACGGAUAAUCCUCCCCAAGAAACGAAAUCACAGCUGGCUCCACCCCCGGUCCAACAGCAACAGCAGCAGCAGCAGCAAUCCCAACAGCCACAGCAAGCGCCUCAACAGCCCCAACAACAAAACGUUGUUACCGGGCCUUCGAAGGUUGGCGGCGUGGCCAGUACCAGCACACCGGCUCCCUCCAGCGCUAGCAAGAAGCGCAAAGCGAAAGAUCAGCCCAGCAAGAGGAAAAUUUCCAAUGACAUUCUCGUCGGUGACGGAUGGCUGGUAGACGUUGAAAGCCAACAACGCCACCAUUACCAGCUGGUCACCAAGGAUGGCUAUCAGACGUUCCUCAUCUUCAAUGGGUAUCGCUUCCGCACGCAGCAAAAGAUCCGCAACGGUAUUGCUUCGUGGAAAUGCGCCUGGAACGGACGGAAGGGAUGCCAAGCGGUGCUGCACAUCACCGAAGAUUACCAGAAGGUGAAAGAGGUCGGCAACCCGCAUAACCACGAGCCGUCGUUGCGUGAUCGGAUGAUUUGCGGCGCGAAACCGGCCAACGGCAGUGACGCCAUCCUGCUUGCUUCCGACGGGGAGGAAAGUUUGCAUGCUGGAGCCGAGUUGCAACAGAUUACCAUCGCUGCGGCCGUCGGAGGACACGGGGCCACCAGUAGCAGCAGCAACAGUUCGACCUUGGGCAAUCCCAUCACGGCCACGGUGACGGGCGGAGGAGUCGGUCCCAGUUCCACCGUGGUCACCAGCAAUGCCGUAGCGAAUCUCGAUGUGGUUACAACAUCGUCGGUAAGCCACAGUUCAUCGUUGGAGCACCUGUCCACGUCCGAAAUAGUAGAUUUUGUCCAGCAGAGCAGCAGCGGAAGUGACCAACUGGUGACAACGAUAGUGGACGCCGAUUCUCACCAUGCGGCUGUCGUGGGAGGCGUCGGAUCGGUUGUCAGCGUGGUGGACGACGACGUGGGCAAAGACGACACUGCGAUGCCGAUGGACAUAGAGGAAAUUAUACGUCCCCACGUGGUUCUGCAUUCGGCGGAUUAAAUUACCGGAGGAGCAACAUAUUUACGGAAAAUGAAGUAACAUUAAAUUACUACAUGAAUGAAUGACACGAUACAGACAAGAAGAAUAAAUCAAUAACAGUGCGGAUAUUCUCAACCUUAAAAAAUCUAUAUUUUUAAAUUGUGUAACAUCGUGAGCGCUGGAUCCUAGGGGUUUUAAGCAAGAAGACUAGCUUUUAAGAAAUACAAUUAUGCAUAAGAAUUAGGAGUCGGAAAAACAGUAUAAGUAUGAUCGUAGCCGGUAAGCACUACAUCGUAAGCCUCUUUGUGUAAAUUGCCAAACUUAAUAAACAGUAAUAAACAGCAA